AUGGUAGUGAAGCGUAGACACAAGACGGUCAGUACAGUAGAGAGAAGUAAACUAGAAGCCUUUAAAAUGUGGUGUUAUCGCAAAAUUGAAUGGACUGAAAGAAUAACAAACGAAACAGUAUUAUUUAGAAUAAAGGAAAAACGAGAAUUAUGGUGCACUAUUAAAGUUGGAAGAGACGUAGAAUGUUACAUUGGAAGAAGACCAAGGAUGGAAUGGUAUAUGAAACAAAUCAUGAUAGACAUGCGAAAGGAUAACUAUCAGGAGUUAAACAAAUUAAGUUAUAAAAGAGAAGCAAGAGAGAACUGUUGUAAACCAACCAAGUUAUUGAAGAUGAAAAGAAGAUAA